CUGAUCAGUUGUUAUCUAAGAUACAGGGGUGAUACCUAUUGCCCCCGUUAGCAGCUCUGCACUAUCAUACGUGCUUCAUCUGUGUACAAGCUGGUCUCCUUCCCUGCCUCUACAACCAUGUUCGCCUCAGGACCUAACUAUAACAAACUCAAGACCAAUCUGAGACUUGCCAUCAAUAGGCUCAAGUUGCUGGAGAAGAAGAAAACAGAGUUGGCUCAGAAGGCCAGGAAAGAGAUAGCAGACUACCUCACCACAGGCAAGACAGCACGGGCCAAGAUACGUGUGGAGCAGAUCAUCAGAGAAGACUACCUGGUGGAGGCGCUGGAGCUGACGGAGAUGUACUGUGACCAGGUACUCUCUCGCUUCGGUCUCCUUCAGCAGCUUAGGGGCCUGGACGAGGGCCUGUCGGAGGCCAUCUCGUCCUUGUUGUGGGUGUCACCGAGGCUCCAGACUGACGUCCCAGAGCUACACACCAUCUCUCACCACCUCACACUCAAGUAUGGCAAGCCUUAUACUCAGGGGUGUCGGGGUCAGAAAGUGGACAAGGUGAGUAAGCGACUCAUCAGCAGGCUGAGUAUGCAGGCCCCGUCCAAGGUGCUGGUGGAGGAGUACCUGCUGGAGAUCGCUAAGAACUACAACAUCAACUACGUUCCUGAUCCACAGGUACUGCGGAGAGAGGGGUCCAGCAGGGAGGAGUCACUUCUUGACACUGACGGACCCCUAGAGGGUUGUGUGGGGGGAACAGCGGUGACCCGAAAGGGAGCAUCAGAGAAGUCUGGCUGGCUAGGGGCCACUCAGGGCCACGAUGGCUGCCCAGGAGCACAUCGGCAUCACUUUUGUUGUCCAGAGGCACAUCAGGGCCACCAUGUCUGUCCUGGGGCACAUCAGGGCCACUACAGGUGCCCUGGCUACGAUGAUCCACGACCACAUGAUGCCUACGUCGACCCAAAAUUGGACAUGAUGUAUAGCAGUAUACAGCGUGUUAGUGGGAGUAACCAAUGGGAGAAUGGUAUGAGCAUUCCUCCCCCACCAGCCUACUCCACCACUCCCUACAACAUGGCUCCCAACGCCCCACUCCAUGACGCCCACACCCAGCAAGAGGACCUCUUAAACCUGCCCCAUAUUACCUCUGGCAGCCCUAGUGUAGGGGAGCAAGAUGAGUACCGGUUGCCAGACCUGCCAGAGUUGCCAGACGAUCUCCUCCCGCCUGCCACUCCCAAAAAUUCUCCCAACAACACAAACACUCGCGAAGACAUAGAUUUUGAUGACUUGUCUAAAAGAUUUGAAAAUUUGAAGAAAAGGAAAUAGUAAUGACGAUAAAUGAUGAUAGUGAUGGUAAUGAUGAAUGUAGGGAUAAUGAUGGUAAUGAUAAUGGUGCUGAUGAUAAUGAUGAAUGUAGGGAUAGUGAUGGUUCACUUAAAGAUAUAAUCACUGGAGCACUAACUCUGGACAGAAAAGCCUCCAAUAGCAACAGGUGGACCCAUUGUGCGAUAAACACCAUCAAUACAUUCGAUAUAACACAGUCACUGAGAGGG